AUGUUUGCACGCACAGCCGUGCUAUCGCUUGCCUUUUCGUGCCUCUAUGGCAACGUCGCAGCCAUUGAAUUGGACAUUAACAGUAGAGAUUCAAUUGUCGAUGCUGCAAAGAGCCUGGCAGGUGGCAUCGUAAAAUACUACAACGCAAGUGUUUCUGAAUCUGGAAUCCCUGGAGUUUUCCCCGAGGAGUACUAUUGGUGGGAAGCUGGUAUCGUGCUUGAUGGGCUGAUCGGAUAUUCAAGUUUGACUGGCGAUAAGCAAUACGACUCGUUAGUCUCGGAGGGUAUUCAAUGGCAGCGAGGCAACAACUACGCCUUCAUGGCGCGGAAUCAGACGGCUUCUAUGGGCAACGACGACCAUUGCGCAUGGGGCCAGGCAGCGAUGAGUGCUGCGGAGUUCGGAUUCCCAAAACCAGAAAAUGGAACAUGGGUAGAUGCGGCCAUCUCUGUGUUUGACGUCCUUACCAUGCGGUGGAGCACUGAAUCUUGUGACGGUGGUCUUUCUAUGGCGAUCUUCAUCUUCAACGAGGGAUCCAGCUAUAAGCAGAUGGCCUCGAACGGAAACUUCUUUCUCCUCGCCUCUCGCCUUGCGAGGUUCACUGGCAAUGGCACCUAUGCUGAAUGGGCCGAGAAGAUCUUUGACUGGACACACGAAAAGGGCUUCAUCACGGAUGACUACGAUAUUUACGACGGUGCCGAUGGAGAAAAGAAUUGCACUGAUUUCAACCGAAUUCAAUUUACCUAUAACCACGGGCUUUUCACUGAGGGCGCGGCUGUCCUAUACAACAUCACGAAUGGUAAGCAAAAAUGGGCCGACGCAGUCGAGGGAUUUGUAAAUUCUACAUCUCGCUUCAUUGAAAACGACGUUCUCGUAGAGACCGCUUGCGAAAACAACGGCAAAUGCUCCGUGGAUCAACGGGCCUUCAAAGGCGUUGCGGCUCGUUCGUAUGCCCGCGCUGCAGUUGCUGCACCUGCUCUGACGGAUCCUCUGACUUUGAUGUUGGAGAAGUCGGCCGAAGGCGCAGCGAGGGAUUGUAGCAAGAGUCAGGGAGGGACGGGCGAUGUUUCAUGCUCACUGAGUUGGGUGAAUCAAGAAAGCAUGUGGGAGUAUAACACUGCUAGCGAUGGGAACUUGGGUGAGGUGUUCGGUGCAAUGGAGGUCGUGCAAGGCUUGUUGUAUUCGCAGGCAAAGAUCCAAGGAUCCAAUGCUACUGGCAGCCCGGUAGAGGACGGUGAAGCUUCAAAACCGUCGGGCGGUGCUGCGGGUGCUGCAGGCACCAUGACGGCCAGUAUUACGGUUGUCUUGGCUGCUGCGAUAGCCGCGGCUCUGCUGUGCUAG